AUGCUUGUUCCGCGCUCUUUCAAGUACUCUUCAUCACCACCUUCCGACUCGCAAAAACAAAGACGCUCUUCAACAACAAAGUCCACAAAGUCCUUCACCCUCCCUCCGGCUUCCACUCCUGCUCCGCCCCCACGGUCCGACGCUGCUUCCCUUUGUAGCCACCCACCACCCCACGCACCCUGGAUCCUCACGCCCGCCAUGCCUUCGACACUGCAACCCUCGAGACCUGUCGAGAUCCCAUCUCGACGAAGCCCCAGAGAAUUAAAACACGUUAGAACAUCCAGAGCCAGCAGCAAAUCUUCCAGGACAUCACGGAACUCCGAAACCAGACACCGGCCUGAUGCCUUGCCUCCGGCCGUCGCUGCCCUCCUGGCCGUGACUGCCAUCCCUCCUCCCAAGUCUCAAAUCAGACGCAAGCAGAGUCCCCUUCGGGACAUGUCUAUCGAUGAGCUCAUCCAGGAAUGGAGAAAGGACAGUUCGACCAAGUCCAGCUACAGCUGCGCCUCGCUGGAUAUGCUCCUUGGAUCAGCAGAUGAAGACGACUACGAGCACAUGUACUCUUCAAGAUCGACGUCGUGCGACUCAAUCCCUUCUCUGGAUGGAGAUGAGGGCUCAGUAUUGUCCGUCAGCAACCCUGCCACUCCAGACUCGAUCCGAAGCCGAAAGUCCAGCAUGGGCAGUUACCGCAAGGAGAAGACUCUCUACACCCCGGAAAUCGAAGACUGUAGUGUUGAUCACCCGCUUGGAUUCUCAUCUCUGGAAUUCGACGAAGACCUCAUCGUCAUCAACUCGCCAUGUCCCAAGGAACGCAAGCAACGCAAGUCAGGUGGAUUUCGUUCAAACUUGAGCUCAUCCCUGCAAGCCAUCAAGUCUCGCGUGACCUCAUCCUUCUCGUCGCUGAACCUGAACUUGGACGAGGACUCUUUCUCGGAUGCUUCGCUCUGGCAACACCCUUAUCUCUUCCCGAGAUUGAGCUCCGAGCUGAGACCUACCCCAUUCACAUCGACCCCUUCGAAGUCGCAUCGCCAGUACCUGAACCCUCGUUCGGCUCCAGUGCCUUUCGAAGAGCAACAACACCACUGGCAAAAGGCUCUUUCUUCGCUAGACUCGCCUGACAGCGAACUCUCCGAGGCCCCAAUGAUCCAGAUGCAAACUUACAACAAACGGGCCGCAUCUUCGCCCCGCCGCUCACGCCGUGGUUCAAGCACCGGCAAACCAGAUGCUCGUUCGGAAGCCGGCCGCGCCAUGUCAGGGCACGUGCCUACGCCGUCCAGGCAACGCGAACCUCGCGAGAACAGCGACUUCCUACGUGUCAUCGUGCUCGAAAUGAACAUGAGGCGUGGAGGCAAGUUCGAAGAGGGCGCAAGUGGACGUGCCAAAAUCUGGCUACCACCACGCAAGCAGCCUGUAUCUCGCAACUCUGCCUUCUCCGACGACGAGGACGAAGACGAGGCCGUCUCUGUUGCUGGUUCCAGGGUUACCUCGAGAAAGAUCCCUCGUCGUUGGGUUCCAGUUUCGAUCGAGUAA